GUAGAGGGCGUACCAUACGACUGUAAAAAAAAAAUCGAUUCCCAGGACCCAGCGGUAAAUACGAACGAAACGGAGCUCAGUUGUUAAGAAAUGUAUGAUUUUCAAUCAUUGAAUAAGCAAGGACCCAUUGGUUCGAAAUUCUCCAACAAGACACAAAAUGUCUGCGUUAUUCAACAAUGAAAUUAACAAGUCUGAUAACCCUUUUUAUGAUGCACCAGAACCAAGAGCCUUCUACCACCCUACACUUUCCAAACAUCUCACAAAGAAAACAAAAGCAAUUUCUUUAAGUCCUGAGAGAGUGAAAUCCCAUCUCAAGUCAACUGAUGAUGUUCAGCAUAGGAGAGUGAAGGAGCUGAGUCCUGGAGAGAAAGGGUUCCUGUCUGGAUCAAACACCAUGCUUGCAAAGGAACUCCCAACCCAUGACACACCAAGUCCAGGGCCUGCCGAUACGUCUUCUAAAUUUGAUGAAUCUUGGCCGGCCAGUGAACGCCCAUCUACGACUGAAAGCCCUGGUGAUGCCCAGAAUGUAUCCUCUUCUUCAGCAGCUACUAGCCACGCCCCUGUCUCUGGCGUUUCACCGUCCCCACAUGAUGUAAUUGGUACACAGGAACAUACCUCAACUCGUGAAUCAGACAGUACAUUGGCCAGGUUCAUAGACCGGUUCCGUUACGGCGCUCCCCAGAGUAGAGAAGAGAGGGCGCGGCUUUCGGCUACCGGUAGCAAAGACUUUUGGUGGCUGUUGUCUUCUUCGUCAUCUCCACCGCUUCCAUCCCACCAACCAUCAUCCUCGAUGUCUAGUCAAGCUCCCACCAAGACCACACCCAUCCGAGGAACCAGAUUAUCUCAGGGUGUAAAGGGGAUAGAAAGAUCUCAAAGGGGUGCAGGUGGUGGCGGAAGGGGUGCAUCGAGGAUACCCUCCUGGUCUGGAGUCUCAAAGAGUGGAGUGUCAUCUCUAAGUAGUGGUAGACGAGUGAGCGGUGUUUCAACACUCAGCUCUUCAUCAAGCAGUUCCAUGAAGAUGCCUUCUCCUGUGACUGAUAAGGAGACUGAUGAGAUUCAGAGAAGAGCUGAAAAACUUCUUGAAUUAAGUGAUAGGACUAUCCUCAGUGAGCCAGCCGUGAGUUCUGAUGGAAUAGGGUCAUUCUCUACUAGUUCACCAAUCACAGAUGAUACGACGCCCUCUAGAGACAGUGAUAUGUACACCUCAGGAUAUCGUGACAAAGAGAACAUACCAAGGCCCCCGCUCUUCCCAGCCAAUCUCAAUUCCACACAGCGCCCUCAACGCCCCGAGGAAGACAUUCUACAACAGUGGCGUAUGAGACGCAGGAUGGAGCAGGCUAAAGAGGGAGCCCUUAAUAGAGUACUGGGUCAAAUGUCAGGACGCCCUCUCAGGCCGACUCAGGUGGAUAAUGUCAGUGGAGGGAAAGAUAGAGAUGAAGGAGGUUCCAGGCUUGAAGACUUCCGAAGGCGUUUGCAACAGCAGAAACUUCUAACAGAAGCAAGAGUGGCAAGCAACGUCCAACAGGGGCCUGCUAAAGCUGCCACCACAACUCACACUGGGACGGAUCCUAUCCCGCAAUCCAUUGCAACACAGACAAGAAGAGCAGGGUCAUCUUGCACCCAGACUGGUAGUGGUUCCCAUUUCUAUGAUCAAGCAAGUCGUCUGGAACAAGAAAGAACAUCGAGAAGUGAUACCGUGCGGGAAGGAGAGGAGGAAUGUCCUCAGCCAUAUCCAGUAGCUAGUCCAAAUGUCCAGGCUGCUGAAUCUCGAGGGGGUUAUGACCCGAUGUCAGUUCCCAAUGUCGUCCCUCAUUUGCAUAUGUCAUGUGAUAUACUGCCCUGUGGUGAAAGGGGUCCCCAUGUGCAUACAGAUAGGGACGUCAAAGAGAGAGUGGAUAAUGUGGGACGUGGAAAAUUAGACCUAGACCAUACUGAGUCUCAGCAUAAAUAUCCUUAUGGACAUGAUCGUUACAGAAGAGUUAGAAGAGAUAAUGCAUCAACAGAUUUGCAACACAAACAAGCAACAUUCCCCAAUGAGAAAGACCAAAGAAUAUUACAUUUACCUCAGAAUACCCAUCAUCAAGAGAAGCAACCCAAAAAUUGGUCUGAAACAUGGACAGAUGAAGCUGAGUGUAGCCUGCAUAGUUCAGGGGGACAUGAUGGAACAUCCCAUUAUGAUGGACCAAGCAAGGGUCCUAGAACCUCGCCUUCAGAUUAUGUCCAAGCAAUGGCAUCAGGAGAGUCUUCACAUGACCAAAGUCGGUUACUGGAUGCUGGGCAGCAAUCUGCUGUUGAUGAUACCAGAACAGUUGAUCAUCAUGAAGCAUUUCCAAGUAGGACAAGAACUCCAACCGACUCCUGCAGAACAGUGAAGUCUGCUCAAGAUGAGGCUCAAAUAAUGGACACAAGGCAACCUUCUGCUUCUGAAGUUACAAGAACGUCUGAUCAAACAUCAGCUACUAGGACAAGAACUCUGCAGGGCUUGCAGGAGGACAUAAUACAUGAUACCUCCUUAGGAGAAAUACAGGAGAGACAUAUUACCAAACAGCAGCAAAGACCAGAUGAUGAAGAUGAUGAAGAUGGAGCAAAACGUCGGCUACAGUUUGGCUCCUCCUCGCCUAUAAACAGUGCCAUUGGACAAGUUAUUAGUGAUAGGAUGUUCAGCUCCCCGAAAGGUCAAAGGUCGAUCCCGUCAAGUCAAAGGUCAACACCAUCGAGCAUCAGAUCAUUUGCAUUGAGCCAGGAUACGUUGAUGUUUACUCCACCAGUAGAGAGGAAAGCUUCUUCACAAGAGAGAAUAUCAAAAGAUAUACUUCCAGAGCCUCCCGAUCCUGAACCCCCUGAGUCUGCUGGUAGCUCUGACAGCGAAGAAUUCAAAGAUGAUGAAAUGCUUCAAGUCCUUCGCAAGCAGAGAGAAGAAUGCAUACGGAAGCUGAAUCAUCUAGAUAGCCUGCUUUCUCAUACAAGUAAACAUUGAUCCUUUACAAUUCAUUAUCAUAUCCUGUAUCUAUUUGAAUGUAUUCAUUAAGACCAACCAGAGUGCUUAGUAAAUGGUAGAUUUAUAAAGAAUUCUUGUUAAAAGUAGUUUGUUCUACUUGCAGGUCAAGGCCAACUGUAGUAUGAUGUAACACAUUAACAAGAAAUUCUAUCUAUAUCAAGACAUGUUAAGUUUUUAAAACUUAUCAUGCACCUACAUGUAUAAUUGUAAUGCAUUUUAAAGACAGAGGGUAUGACAAUACAACUCAUGAAUAACGCCAUGUGAAACAUAUCAUUGUUUUAUAUGUGCAGCUUUUAUUGAGCGUGCCAUCAUAGCAUUACAUAACAUGCAGCAUGUCUGUCAUUGUUUCAAAGGUAUUGAAGCUGAUUGCUGGAAACAAAUCAUGUCAUGACUGAACUUUGAUAAAGUUUUUGUGGAAAAUCCCAUGAUAAUAACAACAUAUAAGAGUACCCCUAUUAUCCUUACAUGAUGUAAUGACAAUAGUUGUGUGCAUUAUUCAUUAAUGUUUAUUUUUUGUGUUGACUUGUUCUCAUGUUGGUUUAUAUUCUCUGAUUAUCAUCAAGUGUAAAUUAAGAUUUAUCGCUGAUGUGGACUUUACAAGACAAACUCUUGUUACUAUAUUCUUAGAUUUUCUUGUAUUCUUCAAAAUCCCCUUUAUAUCAUUCAGAGCAAAUUGCUUCACUUUAUUUGAUAGUUUCAUUGAUAAAAAAUAGACAUGUUAGCAUAAAUACCACUUGGAUUAUUAACACACCAUUUUGUUUCAAAUACUAUGAAAAGACACAGUAUUUUGGGCUCUUCCUGGAAUACUACUCUACUGCCAACUACCAAUACAAUCUUAGCUACGAUAUCAAAGUGACUAUGCUUUGUGCAAGUUGGUGUACAAACUCGAUCGCUGACUUUUAGCAUAUUAUCCACGAUUUUAAAUUUUCAAGUGAGCCAUUAGAAACUGCCUUAUGUGUUUUAAAAGGUGUAUAAUUUACUGUUGGGCCAUCGAUGCCCUUGGUAAUGUGUAUUAAUGCACAUAAGAUUCAGUUUACAGUUCUUUCAAUGCCAAUAGUAUUGCAUUGCAAUUCCAAAGAAUUAUAACAAUUUUUUUUACUGUAACUACAUCUAUUAUUAAAAAAGAGUAACGACAUCCAAAAAUAGUAGACCCCUCUCUUCAGGAUCAUAGUCCUGAGAGUCAAAGCUGACUUAAGCUGAAACUAUUAUUAAAUGUAAGUAGAAUCUAUAGUGACUGUAAGGAAAUAUAAGACAUAUAUGAACACAUUAUAGAAAAUUCAAUAUAUUAAUAUGCAGUUCAGCUAAACAUUGAAUUAACUUUGCACAGCAAGGUAUAGUUUUGUACAGAAAAUGAUCGGUACUUGUAUUAAACCUACAAUAUAUGUAAAUGACCAUUCACAAGAAAUGUAAGAAUAUACAACAUUACUGAGUACAUUUUUUCAAACACUUUAUGAUCUAUGGUUGGAUAAUAGUUUUAAUUAUAAAUCAACUAUUGCUAAAAGCACAUGUUCAUGAUAAUAGGGUAAUAAUAUAUGCAUGAAAAGUGUAAAUUUAAAGUUUAGGUGAACAACAUGGAAAAUCAUGUUACAGAACAGAUAUGGUUCAUACAUGUAGAUCUAAAAUACCCAAGUUUGCAAAACAUUGAGAAUUAAAUAAAAUAGAACUCUAUUUUUGUCACGAUUACUUUUAAUACAAGUAUAUGUCUGGAGUAUCCUACACUUUUCAUUAGUUUAUAGGUAAUAAUAUUUUCCUUUUGUAAAUUGACAUGUAUAUUUAAUUUGUAAUUUAUAUCAUUUCAUAGUACUAUGUUUAAAAUAAAUUAUGAAGUUGAAUCACUUUUAACAAGAACACUGCUGAUUUAGGGUAAAAACUUCUUAAUUUUUUUUUCAUGAUCAAUUUGCACAUGCAUAAAAUAUUACAAUUUUCAUUAUAAAUUUUAGCCAAUAAUAUUUGCUUUUUUGUUAAUUCACAUACUUCAUUUGUAAUCAAUAUAAUUUCAUAGUACUAUAUUUGAAAAAAAACAUGAAUUUGACUCACUUUUGAAAAGAAUGCAACUGAUGGUUGAGGGUAAAAUGAAAUUAAGCAAAUAAACUGUUUAUAGCGUGAACUGUAAUUGGCACAAUACUUUACUUAUAUGCAACAAUACUCAGAAAUACUUUAACAUUAAUGUCUGACAAAUAUUGGCUAUAAUAAACAUUAGCUGUGUGAAAAAGAAUGCCAUCAACUACUUCACUUGUAGAUAUGUAUAAUCAAGAUGUAAAUAAUAUAUAUACAUUUAUUGCUACAUUUACCUGUUAGCUCCUUCGGAUGAAAAUUUAUAUAGAUUAUCAUUAGAUAGUUAUUAAAACCUUAUUG